GGGCUGGGUGCCCUUGCAGAAUCACUACCGACCCUUGUUUGUGGUGUUGCUAUGCAUUCCGACCUGCCACCCAGGAAGCAACCGGUAACGGUUACGGUAACGGUAACUUACCCAUUGUUACCAAUGGACUGAGUACUACCUACCUACCUACCUAUAUAUACGCCGCGGCUGAACCCGCACGGUUCGUUCUCGCGGCUUCACUCUUUCGGUGCUUCUCUCCUUUAGCCCUCUGCAUGGUUCCUGGUCCCGUUAACUUGGUUGACCACUGUUUUGUUGUUGUGUUGCUGUUGUUGUUCUUGUCUACACAGAGACAAAUCUAGUCGAUAAAAGCAUACACAACGACAAGCUUUGAACCGGGCUUUUCCCCAAACCACCUUCAAAAUGGUGUCGAGCAACGCGUGCCUGGCCAUUCUGGCCUUUGCCCGCCUCGCUCUCGUUGAUGCCGGCAGCAUCCACCGCCGCGAUUCCGUCCCUGCCCCCUACGUGGCCGCCCCAUACUAUCCCACCCCCCAUGGUGGUUGGGCACCCGAGUGGGCCGACAGCUACGCCAAGGCCAAGCUCCUGGUCGAACAGAUGACCCUCGCCGAGAAGGUCAACAUCACGUCCGGAACCGGAAUCUACAUGGGCCCCUGUGUCGGCAACACGGGCAGCGCGCUCAGGCUAGGCUUCCGCCAGCUCUGCCUCCAGGAUUCGGCCCUGGGUGUCCGGCAGACGGACCACAUCACCGUCUUCCCCGCCGGCAUCACCACCGGAGCCACCUGGGACAAGGAGCUGUUCAGAGCUCGCGCCGAGGCUAUGGGUAAGGAGUUCAAGGGCAAGGGAGCCAACAUUUGGCUGGGACCUGCUGUAGGUCCAAUUGGCCGCAAGCCUCGUGGAGGACGCAACUGGGAGAGCUUUGGAGCCGACCCUGUCCUGCAAGGAAAGGCUGGCGCCAUCACCAUCAAGGCUGUUCAAGAACAAGGCGUUAUUGCAACCAUCAAGCACUUGAUCGGAAACGAGCAGGAGAUGUGGCGCAUGACCAACGUCUUCCAGCCGGGUUACAGCUCCAACAUUGACGACCGUACCCUGCAUGAGAUCUACCUCUGGCCCUUUGCCGAGGGUGUUCAUGCCGGUGUCGGUGCCGUCAUGACCGCCUACAACAGUGUCAACGGCUCUGCUUCCACCCAAAACUCUAUGCUUAUCAACGGCAUCCUCAAGGAUGAGCUUGGUUUUAAUGGUUUCGUCAUGAGUGAUUGGCUGAGCCAGAACAGUGGAGUCGCAAGUUCUCUGGCGGGUCUUGAUAUGUCCAUGCCGGGUGACAUUCACACAAUCCCGUUGGUUCUGGGUCAGAGCUACUGGAACUAUGACCUCAGUCGUUCGGUACUGAACGGAUCCGUCCCAAUGGACCGAAUGAACGAUAUGGUGACGAGGAUCGUUGCUGCGUGGUACCAGAUGGGCCAGGACAAGGACUUCACCGACGUCAACUUCUCCUCCAACACUGACCAGGAGACGGGUCUUCUUUACCCCGGUGCGCUCUUCUCACCCUCUGGGGUCGUCAACAAGUUUGUCGAUGUGUCUGCAGACCACUGGCAGGUUGCUCGCGAGAUUGCCCAAGACGCAGUCACUCUCCUGAAGAACGACGGCAACGUCCUUCCCCUGUCCAAGUCCCGUCCCCUGCGCGUCUUUGGCACUGGUGCCGCCGUCAACCCCGACGGCCCCAACGGCUGCACUGACCGGAACUGUAACAAGGGAACUUUGGGUAUGGGCUGGGGAUCCGGCACUGCUACCUACCAAGUGUUCCACGACCCCAUCACCAGCAUCAAGAACAACUCGGCCGAUGUGACUUACUACCAGACCGAUAGUUUCCCCAACGUGCCCACACCGGGUGAUAACGACGUUGCAAUGGUCUUCAUCAGCUCCGACUCUGGUGAGAACACAUACACCGUCGAGGGCAACCACGGAGACCGUGACAACUCGGGACUGAAGGCCUGGUACGGCGGUGACGACCUCAUCAAGAAGGCUGCUGCAAAGUACAAGAGCGUCAUUGUCGUUGCCCACACUGUCGGUCCCCUCGUCAUGGAGGACUGGGUAAACCUGCCCUCCGUCAAGGCAGUCUUGAUCGCCCAUCUGCCCGGUCAGGAGGCCGGCCACUCGCUGGCUAACGUGCUCUAUGGUGACGUUUCGCCCAGCGGUCAUCUGCCAUACUCGAUCCCUGUCAGCGAAGACGAUUACCCUGAGAGCACCAAGCUUCGAGGCUUUGCCUUUGGCCAGGUCCAGGACACCUAUUCUGAGGGAGCAUACUUUGACUACCGCCACCUCCAGAAGAACAACAUCAAGCCCCGGUUCGCAUUCGGCCACGGCCUCACAUACGCCAACUUCACCUUCUCCGAUGCCACCAUCCGCCGCGUGACGCAGCUCAGCAGCACCCCACCUCCUCGCGAGGCCAAGGGCGCGACCCCCGUCUACAGCAGCGCGCUCCCCCAGGCGUCCGAGGUGUACUGGCCCGAGAAGUUCAACCAGAUCUGGCGCUACCUGUACCCCUACCUGAGCAACAGCGACGCCGACAACGCCGCCAAGGACGCGUCCAAGAAGUACAACUACCCCACGGGCUACAGCAGCGAGCAGAAGCCCGGUCCGGCUGCCGGCGGCGCCCAGGGUGGCAACCCGGCGCUCUGGGAUGUGGCGUACGAGAUCACGGUCAAGGUCUCCAACGACGCCAACGCCAGCCACGCCGGCAAGGCCGUCGCCCAGCUGUACAUGCAGUACCCCGAGGGCAUCCCCUACGACACUCCCGUCGUGCAGCUGCGCGACUUUGAGAAGACCGCCGCCAUCGCGCCGGGCGAGAGCACAGAGGUCACCCUCACCCUCACGCGCCGCGACGUCAGCGUCUGGGAUGUCGUGUCGCAGAACUGGGUCGUGCCCCAGGUUGACGGCCGCUACAAGUUCUGGAUCGGCUCGGCCAGCGACGAUCUGUCCCUCGCCUGCUACGCCGAUACUCUCACUUGCGAGAGCGGCCUGGCCCCGCCCGCGUGAGGUGGAAUGUCUUUUUGUUGGUGAUGAGUUUCGUAUGGGGAAGAAACUUAAUAUGAUAUGACCUUUUUUCUACUGAACAUAUUUAUUUUAUGUACGAUUUCAUGUAUUCAAACAAAUGAAAUGAAGUAAUGUUUCUUUGUAAAAUGGUCCAGAGUGAAUGCCAUGAGCGUGAGCCAACAGACGGUGUUAAACAAGCAAGAAAAGAACGGCCAAAAGCCAGUCUGCUCAAUAUAUUCAAGCAGAAUAAUCCGGCGGGUGGUAAUCAGGCGGGUGGUAAUCAGGCGGAUGCUCUCUAGAAUCAUCAGACCCAGAUGCUGAAGGCUCCUCGUCAACGGCCUUGAGGAAGCCCAGGACCUCAAAGACAGCCUCUGCAAUAUCCAAGGUCUUGCUCCUCAGCUCCGCCUCGGCCCAGACACCCUGCAGCACGGCGUCCCUCAUAACAGUGACCAUGAAGCGGACCAUGUGAUCCUCGAGGGUCCACCCUUGCUUGUCCGGGUGGUAGACGAGGUACGUGGCGGACCCCGAGUUGAGCGCGUCCCUGGCCAUCUGGGUGGCGCGGGUCUUGUCGACCUCGUCCAGGUCCAGGUGGUAACAGUUUGCGCGGAACUCGAGCCACAGGCCCAUCAGCGGCGCGCUCUCCAGCCACGACUGGAACUCACCCUCCGUCUCGAACGGGAGCAGCUCCAUGACGAGCCGCUGGUGCCGCCUCCCCGGUGUGUUUAGGUUCGUCGGUGAUGAUGGUUGUUGUGACGAGGACGAAGGUGAUGAUGAUGAUGAUGUUGGUGAUGGGCGGUCCAUGAUUGCUCGGUUGGCGACGGCGACGUCAAUCGAAAUCGGCGCGCGGAUUGUUCGUUGCCCAUCCGUAUGACGACUAAUCACCCCCUCCCCGCCCUUUCCGGAAAGACAACUACAACUGUACGAAGUAGGUUUUUGGUGGGGGUGUGGGUGCAGAGACGGGCUGUUAGUGGGACUGGUGGGGAAACCUGUGUGUCGAAGAAGGAUUUGAAAAGGUUAUAUGCAAACUAUCAAAGGAAGUUGGAUGGAGAAACAAUUUUGCAAUUCUAAUUCCCUCGGUCAGAUUUGGGACUUGGGCAAUCAGUAUAACGUUCUAGCUCUAAAGGAGCUGAGGGGAUGUUUGUUAAUUGGGUCAGGCAGUCAGUCAUUUGCCUUUUGCGAGUGAAGAGUAAAAGAUCGGUUUUAGCCAGUAAGCAACAAGGUUCUCUCACUC